UAUCUAUAUAUACAUGAAUGUAAUUAAUAACAAAGACUUUUAUUGUGAAGAGCAGUUUGGCCGUGGUGGGCUUGGCGUCACAGUCGAGCUUCACGACGCCUGGAUCAAUAAAUGUAGCUUGUUAGCAAUAAAGAAUGCUAACCUGGGAGAAAUGGUUUGCUAACGGCGAUGCUAACAAACCGCCCUGCCGCUGUGCUUGGCUUGGAGUUCAGCUAACGACUAUCUGAUGAGAUUGCAUCACUGACUGGGUGAUGUCCGCCCAGCCUCUGCAGCAGUCCGGGGAGGAUUCAGCAGCAGCCUGCUAACAACUGAGCCAGCCCGGCUAGCUGAUGCUGAUGACUGGCUGUUUCCUGACAUUGAUUUGCAGUGGGAGGCACCAUGGCCGGUAAGGUAAAGUGGGUGACAGAUAUUGAAAAGUCAGUGCUCAUCAACAACUUUGAGAAAAGGGAAUGGAUUCAAGUCACAGAAAACGAAGACUGGAAUUUUUACUGGAUGAGCGUCCAGACCAUCAGGAAUGUGUUCAGUGUGGACACCGGCUACCGCCUGUCAGAUGACCAGAUGGUUAACCACUUCCCCAACCACUAUGAGCUGACCAGGAAGGACCUGAUGAUCAAGAACAUCAAACGCUACCGCAAGGAGCUUGAGAAGGAAGGAAGUCCGCUGGCAGAGAAGGAUGAGAACGGGAAAUACAUUUAUCUAGAUUUUGUCCCUGUGACGUUCAUGCUCCCGGCUGAUUAUAAUUUGUUUGUGGAGGAGUUUCGUAAGAAUCCGUCCAGCACCUGGAUCAUGAAGCCCUGCGGGAAGGCCCAGGGCAAAGGCAUCUUCCUCAUCAACAAACUGUCCCAGAUCAAAAAGUGGUCCAGAGACAGCCGCACCUCCACGUUUGUAGCAGCCUCUAGUGGUAAGGAAGCAUAUGUCAUCUCCCUGUACAUUGACAAUCCUCUGCUGAUAGGAGGGAAGAAGUUUGACCUGCGGCUUUAUGUCUUGGUGACCACCUAUCGGCCUCUGAAAUGCUACAUGUACAAACUGGGCUUCUGUCGGUUCUGCACAGUGAAGUACACACCCAGUACAAGUGAACUGGACAACAUGUUUGUUCAUCUCACCAAUGUUGCCAUCCAAAAACAUGGGGAUGACUACAACCACGUUCAUGGAGGCAAGUGGACGGUCAGUAACCUCCGUUUGUACCUAGAGAGCACCAGAGGAAAGGAGGUGACCAGCCGACUGUUUGACCAGAUCCACUGGAUUGUGGUGCAGUCCCUGAAAGCUGUGGCUCCUGUGAUGAACAACGACAAGCACUGUUUUGAAUGUUACGGGUAUGACAUCAUCAUUGAUGACAAGCUGAAGCCGUGGCUUAUCGAGGUUAAUGCCUCCCCCUCGCUGACCUCCAGCACGGCCAACGACCGCAUCCUGAAGUACAACCUCAUCAACGACACCCUCAACAUUGUCACACCCAACGGGGACAUCCCAGACUGCCGCUGGAAUCGCAGCCCACCCCGAGAGGCCCUGGGCAACUAUCAAGUUCUGUAUGACGAGGAGCAGGCGCAGAGCGAGAAUGCCGAGCGUGACCUGCGAAGCCGCUCAGGUCAGUCGCUGGGGUCAAAGGGCUCCAAGGGAAGUGCAGGCGUUCGUCCCGUUGCCGCCACCUGGAAGUGAGGUGAUAUUGCUGACUCUUAUGACUUCCUGUACAAUAUUACAGGGUCCAACAGUGGGGCACAUGGGGAUAAAAAAAAGAAGGACCACCCAGACUUUUUUUUUUAGCCCCAACUAUCCAACGGAGGACUGCUUUCUCUCUCUUUCUCUCUCUCUUUCUCUCUCUCCACAUUUCACUGACUGAGGCACGUGGGGGCAAUAACCCUGCUGCUGAAGGGGAGAGAAGUCAAUAAUGGGGUCAUAUUUGGAGAGUUUAAAGGCUGGAGUUUGUGGCUGUUUGUAUGAAUGUGUAACCAGAAAUGUACAAAUUAUGUUGAUAUGAAGGUCAAGUCAAAUGAAGUUUACUCCCAAAGCCCAGUGUCACUUGAACUCUCCCAACAACAGCAACCAGGCUCUUUACAUAGACAAGGAAAAAUGACCCAAACAAACCUUUGAUAUAAGAAAACCUUGUGAGAGCCCUGUGACAGCUGGGGACACAAUAGGAGCAACAGACGUGGAUAAUGGCCGUUAUACGAAAAGAAAAGACAGUUGUUACAAAAUUAAAAAAAGAAAAUCCAAGGCGAGCAAGACGGAUGAAAAACCUGAACUAUGCAUGAUUACUGAGUACUGACAUUUUAACUUGACCCACCACACAGGAGCUCUGUGUGAUGAACUGUAUGGAAACAGAGAGGUAUGGAAAAAACACAGUGACAGAAACAAGAAAUCUAAUAACACAAAAGGUAUAAAGAUGUGAUUUAUUGAUAGGCAGUUGAUACAUAGAUUAACGUAACAGAACUAAAUGUAUAAUGGCCCUUAAAUUGAAUUAUAUAAUGUUUUUUUAUACGUUCAUUAUCGGUAUGUUUAUGCGUGGGGGGUUUCAUUGAGAUUGACUAUAUUCAGUGCUGUUGCACUUUAUCACUUUAUUCACUUAACUGAUUUUUCCCAUGUUGCAUUUUGAGUUGGACCGCUGAUGUCACAUCUGCUGUGCAUUUUCAAAUCUAACUUAAAACAAUAAUCUCCCAACUGUCCUGCAGUUACUGAAAUAUUGAACCACCGAUGAUGAAUAAAAAUUCCCCUUUUUAAUUCACUAAUGUGGGGCUGAACAGUAUUGGGGAGGAGGGUCAUUGUGAUAUUUUCUUUUCUUCUGGGUAAAUGCAGUAAUUUAAGUUGCAUUCUCACUAUGAAUAUUAAGCAUUUAACUUAUGUAGAAUUUAUAAUUUAAGCAAUGACUAGGGAGGGAUUAGGGAUUAGGACAGUUUUCCCUUUAACGUGACACUUUGAUUUAAUCCAGUAUAAAGUGUUUGUUCAUCUUGAUUAAUAAAUCACUUUGUUAAAAAAAAAAUGAAAAAAGAGGCUGAUUCUUUGAAGUGGUGAGAAGAAAAUCAAGGGAAAACAAAAGGCUGUAACUAAAUUGUGAUUAAAAUCAAGCUUAAUUAUAUUAUUAAUCAGAUGGACUAUACUAUUUGUCUUUAACAUUAGUAUUCAAAAUUAGAAAUGAGGACGUUUUCAUUUUCUGUCCCGCAGCAAAAUAGUUUAUAUAAUUUAUUUUUUCCUUUUUACAUGUCUUAUCUUAUUUGAAUAUUACAAAUGCAUACAGUACGGUGUUGAUGCUGAAACAGUAUCAUUCAAGCCUAUUCUGCUGUGUAAACUCAUUUGUGGAAUUAAAUGCUGCUUUUGUAUGACUAAUGUUUGUUGAUUUUGCUUUGGAAUAACAUAGAGAAGGAAAAUUCUCCACUGAUUAUGUAACAGGCCUCUUUAUUUGCUCUAACAGUGGAGUCAGGGUUUUUCAUUUCUUGUCACUUCACUGUAGCAAGAGGCCCCUAUAGCCUUUGAUGAAUCUAAUCUGUCUGGAGUGUAGAUUAUUCAGAGGUCAAUCCUUCAAAAAGCAAAUGACCUCUGCUCCUAUGUUCUCGCUGUUACCACGGCACUAAAGUCGGUCUCUGCAUGGCACCGCUCCUUGAACUUGAAAGUUUGACAUCGCCUCACCACCACAUUGUUGUUUCCUCCUUGGUUCUGCAGCUGGUUACUACAUAGAAAAGCAGGUGGACGAUGCAAAUAAGUCAUACACAUGUUUAUCUUUGAUCUCCAGCCAAAACUAUCUGAUGUGUGCGUCUUUGUUGGUCAGUGAGACGCACACAUCCUCCUCUGCUAGAGAGCAAAUUCAUUGAGAGAUGGAUCGAAUUCUGAAGAGUAUCGAACAGAUGUCAAAUAAAGAGCUGGGUUGACAUGAGGCUAGGUUCCCACUGCUGGUUUUCUUUGUUGUGGUUAUAAACUGUGCAGCUUAUGCUGUGUACAUGACAUGAAGAGCUUCUAUGUUUUUAGCUUUGAAGUAAUGACAUUUCUGUGUAUGACAAAUGCAUUUUUUCAAUUGAUUUUAAUUUUUGUCUUCCUUUCAAUAAAAUAUCCAUAUUGGUGCUGCCUUCACAAAUGUUUAUAUUUUAAAACAGGGGAUAAGUGGAAAAAUUAAAGUGGACUGGCCCUUUAAAAUACAUGCAGAAGUUUGCUUAUUUACAGCAUUUUUGAAGUGUUUGAGUCUCAUUUACAAGAAAGAACCUUUUUCUAAGUUGUUGACAAGUUCUCACGUCCUCAGACUGCAAGUGAUAAAAAAAAGACUAGCUAUUUAAAUAUACUACUGUACAUCUAAGAGUGUCCAUUACACAACUCUGCAUUAAAUAUAUCGCUGUUCCGUUUACAGAAUUAGUUCAUGGCUUCUGCAUGAGUGAAGAAAGUGUCUAUAUUUGCAGUAGAGAGAAACAUAAGACGGUUGAGUUUUUUAUCUUUAUUCUUAGUCUUUAAUCUUUAUUAAUAUCUCAGACAUUGAAUUUGUGUUUGCACACUGUCAUCAUCAUAUAUUUGUGCAUGGGGAAACAUGCUAUAUUACAACAGUUCAGUUUGCAUCUAAACAUGUGCCACGAUUGCUCUGUUUUCUAUGACCU